UAUUCCAGUUUAUCUGGCAACCCGUGUAGAUUUUUUUCAUGUUCCGCGGAGGAAAGUGUAUGAUGGUGGAAAAAUAGCUUUAAAAACGCCUCAAAACAGAAAAUUUAGGAAAAUGUAAAGGUCCUAGUGUAGUGUCAGUGAAGUGUUCUAUCCUCACAAGUUGUACUCAGCAAAUGUCUCGAGCAACGGCCAGCGGAAUGUCUCAGGGCAGUUCCGACAAGAAGAAAUACAGAUCAAGGUCAACGUCUCGCUUUGUGGACCUAGACAAGCAGAGGAAAACAAAAUGCAUUGGAGGUACUCCGAGUCUCUCCUCAAUUCCCAAUACCAUCAAGUUGAGUAUGCUCAACAGUGGCCUCCUAUCUUUCGAUCGGGUCAAACUGGAGGCCAGGGAUGAAAAUAAUUCCCUGUCGCAAACCAUCCCAGAUCGACAAGUUCCACUCAAGUACUUCUUAAAGCUCUGUGAGCAGCGCAAAAAAUUUCCCGUCCUCUUCAAAUUGGAGUUCCAGACAGCCAUCAAAGUGGAGAACAAUUCCAUCCGGCAUGCUACCCGGAAGAACAAUCUGGAGAAGAAUCAGAACCAAAAGUGCGUUCCCUAUGACUACAAUCGCGUCGUACUGAAGAAGAUUGAUGGUAUACCGGAUUCAGACUACAUUAAUGCAUCCUACGUUGAUAGUCUUCUGAAGCCAAAUGCGUAUAUUGUGACUCAAGGACCAACUGAGGAGACUGUUGUCGAUUUCUGGAGGAUGAUUUGGAGUGAGAAUGUGAGUGCUAUCAUCAUGUUGACAAAGACUUUUGACUUCACAAAGGUGAUGUGCGUUCAAUAUUGGCCAGCUUCGAAGGAAAAGGAUGAAUUCUAUGGUGAUAUCAAUAUUGAUAUUGUGAAAGAGGAGCAAUUGGCUAACUUUCAAAUUCGCACAUUUCGUAUUUACAAUAAAAGUGAAGGGGGUCCAACAGCAUCACGAGAUAUAUUGCAAUUUCACUUCACCGAGUGGCAUUCACAUUCUUGUCCGUUUUCAAAUGCUGUCUUGGAAUUUCGACGGCGUGUCCGUGCUGUUGUAGGAAAUAUUAUCACGGCCAAUAGCGUCAUUGGUCCGAUGCUCGUUCACUGCAACGAUGGAGGAGGUCGUUCUGGAGUUUACUUGGCCAUUGAUGCCAAUAUGGAAUUGGCUGAAGAAGAGGAAUGUUUCCAUUUAUUUGGAUAUCUGAAGAAGCUCCGUCAGUCGCGAAAAGGUUUAAUUGAGAAUGUGGAUCAGUACAAAUUUGUCUAUGAUACUCUCGAGGAAUAUCUGUGCUGUGGGAAUUCCUGGUUCCCAGUGUCCAAAUUGUCGGAGAAAUUGAAAGAAAAGAGCCUUAAGAAUCCUGCGACUAAAAUUAAUGAGUACCAAAAGGAGUUUGAUCAAAUUUGCAAGCAGACUCCCAGAUUUUCUAUUGGUGACUGCGCAGGAGGUCAUCGAGCUGACAAUAGAGACAAAAAUCGGGAUGUUCUCUGUGUUCCACCCGAUAAUUACCGGCCCUAUUUGACAUCCUUUCAGGGAAAUGCUUUUACGGACUAUAUAAAUGCGGUGUUUGUGGAUGGCUAUACAAAGCCAAGAGAGUAUAUUGUGACUGAAUGGCCAGUUAUAAAGACUCUGGGAGAAUUUUGGUCUCUGGUUUAUGAUCAUGAGUGUGCGGCGGUGGUUGUAACAUGCAGUCCUCCGCCGAAUUCACAACAGUAUCCGGCUUUUUGGCCGGAUAAGAGGAAGUCAUCGGUGAAGUAUGGGCCAGUGUUUACAAUUACGUGCAAGGCCAGCAAGCACUUUAGUAACAUCAAGACAUGGGAAUAUGUGAUUAACAAGAAGAUUGUUUCACUUACGGAACUGAUGGCUGGAGUUAAAGCACCAGCGAAAAGCUGCAAACUCUUUCAGCUGACUUGCUGGCCAAUGGGACACAAAGUGCCAACAUCUACCAAUUCCUUGGUGGAGUUGAUGAAUAUGGUGGAACAGUGGAGGGCUAAGAUGGACUAUGGACCUGUCUGCGUUGUCUCACCGGACGGAAGGAGUCGAGCUGGAGUUUAUUGUGCUGCAAAUGCUUGCAUUGAGCAAGUUAUUCAGCAUGGGGAAGUGGAUAUUUUUCAAGCAGUCAAAACCGUCAGAAGGAAUCGUCCACAACUUGUUGAGAAUAUUACGGAAUACAAAUAUGGCUAUGAUUUGGUGCUUCACUAUGUGCUCCACUAUUUGGAGAAGGAUCUAAAGGACAAGGAUAAGGAUAAGGAAAAAGAAAAGAAUACAGGACAAAAUUAAAAGCCUCUACUAUUGUAUUUGAUGUUGGUAAAUAUUUCCUGUUUUUAUUUUCUAUAUAUUAUAUAGAGAGAAAAAAAAACAAUAUUUGAGGGAAUUGUAAAAUAUUUCUAUUCAUGUUGCAAAGAGAAAAAAAAUAUUUGUCGUCCAUGAUAUUUGUUGUAUACCAAAUUUUAUUGAAGAGAUAGAAGGAAGAACCUAUGUUUGAUAUAAGGAUAUAUUUAUAUAGAUGAAUGAUGUAGAUUUUUUUGAAUCAGUGAUGGGCAUUUUGGUGAAUUUUGCACAAGUUCUCUCCCAAGUCUUCGCAAAGUGUACUGAAUUAUGCUAAGCAAUAACAUAAAAUCAUGAGACUCUUAACUAUUUAUUUUAUAAACCAACUGAAUAAAUUUCUAUUUAAAUGAUUUAGUAAACUGUGCCAUUGUUAAUCAUUUAAAUAAUAAAUAGGCUGAUCAGGAACUGUGUCAAAUUUAGUAUUUGCUAGGAAAGACUGUAUUAAUAGGAAAUGAUAAUUUUUAAUUUGGAUAAAUCUUUCACAAUUUAUACUCCAAGAAUCUCCUGCCAAAAUGUGCAAAAGCCGAAAAUGCCCAUCAACGAUGAUGAUUCUGUUGAAGAUGUUUAAAAGACGGGUAGAAGUAUUUUCCUUAGUGAAGUGGCUAAACCUCUGUACCCGGAGAAAAAAAAACCAAACCAAAAGCACAAAAUAAAUGUUAACGGAAUAUUUAAA